AAGACAGGAAGUAGCAACACUCUCUCGACCUCAUUAUCACACUGCAGCAACAAGUGGCAGAAACUCUUAUGUAACGGAAUAAAUCGAGAAGUCCAUGUCUAAACCAUGAACAAACGAAAACUGAGUUGCAAAUGGUUUGGGAGCCUCGCCAAUCUCUCCAGCCGCCGCCAGUCGGAAAAGGCCAACAUCAAGUCAGUCCCAGAGCAUGAUGGGAGCCUCGGCGGUGCCAAAUCAGCAGCGGGGGAACACUCGGUGGAUGACAUGGAGGCCUGUCUCCGCAGCCCCAGCUACGCCUGCUCCAGCGAGAUGUACACACAUGUGGGCACCGUGCCACGCAGCCAGAAACAGAAGAAGAGCGGCAGGGGGCUGAAGGAGAAGAAGAAAAAAGAGGAGGAGGGGUUGGUGAGUGGAGGGAAGAGCCAGUGGAAGGCGGGGGAACAUGUCCGAGACUCCCCUCUGCUCAGUGCCCUGUCCAGCCUCAGUUUGACCAGUCUGGACCGGCCUCUGCCCGUUUCUGCACCAGCCUGGCCGCUGCCCGCCAUCCCAACACCCAGCCAGGCUUCACCUUUGACCUCAGCACCUGAAAGCUGCUACACUGAUCCUUUAGCGGACCCCGUCAAGAGCCAGGGGUCAUUGUCACAAAGCAGGGAUGCUUUAGAAACUGGUUUUGUAAGAGAGCCUUAUAACAUGGCGACCAAUGGCACCAAGGCAGCUUUGCCACAGGAUGUUUACGUUCCGAUGGAUCCGAUAGCUGAAGCAGCUCGCAGCCACGUGGGCGACCACACAGCGAGGCAGCAAGGCGCCGCGAGCAGGCCUACACAGGAAACCACCAAGUCUGUGACGGGCUCCCAGGAAGUGAAGCAUGUUGACAGUGGGCAAGACUUGAAAGACAGCAGUGGAGAAUAUGUGAAGUUCUCCAAAGACAAGUUCUGGUUGGAGCCACCAUCGGAGAAACUGAGGAAGCAGCUGGAGGAGGAGCUGAAGAUGAGCGGCAGCAACCUGAAGAGCCACGCCUGGUACCACGGACGUAUUCCAUGGGAGAUGUCCGAGAGUCUGGUUGUAAAUCCCGGUGACUUCCUCGUCAGAGACUCUCAGUCAAGCCAGGGCGACUUUGUCCUCACCAGCCGCUGGGAGCAGAAAACACUUCACUUUGUCAUCAGGAAGACGGUGGUUCAGUCCGGUGAGACAUACACUCGGGUCCAGUACAGCCUGGAGGGUGAGACCUUUGACUCUUUACCGGCUCUUGUUCAUUUCUACGUGGGGAGCAAAGCGGCUCUGACCCGGUGGAGCAAAGCUCAGAUUCACCGGCCUGUGAACAGGAUGCUGCCUCUCAGCUACCUGGAGUCAUCCUUCUGCACCCCCGUCAGUGUGAGCGGAGAGGAGAGGGGCUGUGGCAGAAGUCCUUCCUUUCCACACCACAGGGAGGCAGAUGUUCACAGGGAGCAGGACGACCGGCCUCUAAUGACUGAAUCCUCUCUCUCUACUCUGUACAACACCCCACAGUCUAGAAGCCCUAGCAGUAGCCGGACAGCCAGUGUGGCUCCAUCCCCGUCCCUCUCCAGGUGCUUUGAUACCACCCGACCCCUGCCCUCUCCCAAAAGCACUCUCCGCAGACAGAGUAACAACAGACUGAACCAGGACUCCCUGUCCUCUGAUGUAGGGGGAAGUUGCUACACAGAGCUGUACCUUGGCCCCCAGAGCUACGUGGAGAGGCUGCGGGUGGAGGAAGGAUCAGUGGGCAUCAAUCAGCUGAGGUUGGAGGAUGGGAAUGUGUACUUCUCGCCAGUGGUGGAGGCAGUCUCGUCUUUCAAACCGAACAGGUAUCUGUCCUCGCUGAUGCCCAAGGAGAAUAAGCCUUUGGAAGUGGGCAUCCUGCGGAGGGUGAAGGAGCUGCUGUCGGAGGUCGACCCCAGGACAGCGGCCAAACAGAUGACCAAGGCUGACUGCAUGGUGGCCAGAAUUCUGGAGGUGACCCCGGAGGUGCAAAGGAUGAUGGGAGUUAGUUCUGGGAUGGAGCUGAUUACGUUACCACAUGGCACACAGUUAAGACAGGACCUACUGGAGAGGUUCCAAACCAUGGCGAUCAUGCUGGCUGUGGAUGUGUUGGGCUGCACAGGGACGACGGAGGAGCGGGCCGGCCUGCUACAUAAAAUCAUCCAAAUUGCAGCUGAGCUCAAGGGCACUAUGGGCAACAUGUUUGGAUUUGCUGCCGUCAUGAGAGCGCUAGAGCUGCCGCAGGUGUCUCGUCUGAAGCAGACCUGGACGGCGUUACGGCAGCGACACACAGAGGGGGCUAUUCUCUACGAGAAAACUCUGAGGCCGUUCAUGAAGAGCCUGAAUGAUGGGAGAGAAAGCUGCCCGCUGUCCAGCACCACUUUCCCCCACGUCCUACCCCUCCUGUCUCUGUUGGAGAAGAGUAUAGCGGUGGGUGAGGGGACAGAGCCAUGGGAGACGGUGGAAGACGGGGUGGACGUGGUCAUGUUCCACCUGGGGGCAGCGAGAACCAUCGCUCAGUUGGGGGGAAUCUACCGCUCUAACGCUGAGAGCAAACUACAUGGACUCCUGGAGCAGGCGGAGAUCCUGGAGCUCUUCCUGACCGACUUCCAGAUGAGGCUGCUGUGGGGGAGCAGGGGAGCCGAGGAGAGCCAAGCUUUGCGAUAUGCCAAGUUUGACCAGGUGCUGACAGCCUUGUCCAACAGGCUGGAGCCGCCUGUCCGACCGUGCUGACCCAAUAUCUAUUUUUAAUGACUUAGUUUUUUCUGGAAGAGCUCAGAAACACCUAGAUGCAGAAGAUGGUGGAGGGACUGGAAGUAUAAAAGUAGUCCAGCACCCUGGAGGACAGAAGAUGCAAACCAAGAAGCUACAAAAUGUACAGUCCACCUGGACGCCACAGGUCUUGCUUUGGUGUUUUUCUUUUGUCGAUCUGUAUUUUUGAUUACCAAUAUCUGUAUUCUUAACACAACUUUAAUGUUUCAAAGUGGCGAUUCCAGAGAAGUACAGGAAGUAUCCAACAAGGAACCAAAAAUGUGAACGAAAGAUAAGUGUAAAUAUGCGACACUGUGCCAGGUUAUGAGGUGGUACGGUGUUUUUGUUCUGCA